UUGCAGAAAAGGAAAAGAUCGAAAAAUCGGGGAGCUAGCAGGAAGUGAAAAGUAUCUCCUUCUGUAAUCGGGACAAGGCCGAGGGUUGCUUUAGUGCGAUCUGACGCUGGAAAAGAGAGACGGGAGUCCCGAUCGCUUUAAUGCCGGAGAGAUCGGCGGAAGAAAGCGCGCUGGACUCGGGUUUCUUUCGGUGUGAUAAACUGGAGAUGGAGGAAGCUGUUGAACUGAGGCAAAGAAAGAAUCCAACCUGUACAGAAGUUGAAGAAAAAACUCUCAAAGAAAACAACGAAAAAGGCAAACAAUCCAAAAGAUCCGUAAAAUAUGUCUUAAUUCCACAUUUUACAAAGCUUUUCUUUGGCUGCAUUACAGCAAUCAUAAGUGGAAUGAUGUAUGCCAUAUAUCUUUCAACAUACCAUGAACGCAAAUUCUGGUUUUCUACUAGGCCGGAACUUGAACGAGAAAUCACAUUUCAUGGUGACAGUGCCAUUUACUAUUCAUUUUAUAAAGAACUGUUAAAAGCCUCCUCUUUUAAAAAAGGCAUUCAUCAGCUUAUUCAUGACAACAGGACCCUGUCACUAAAAACAAUGAACACUGUACGACAGAUGACUUUGUAUCCAGAACUGAUUGCCAGCAUUUUAUAUCAGGCAUCUGGCAGUGAAGAAGUUAUUGAGCCAGUCUAUUUUUACAUUGGCAUAGUAUUUGGGCUACAGGGCAUUUAUGUGACCGCAUUGUUCGUAACCAGCUGGCUUAUGAGUGGGACUUGGCUAGCAGGGAUGCUGACUGUUGCCUGGUUCAUUAUUAACAGAGCGGACACAACAAGAAUAGAUUAUUCAAUACCUGCUAGGGAGAACUGGGCUCUGCCGUAUUUUGCUUGUCAAGUUGCAGCUCUAACAGGCUAUCUAAAGAAUAAUAUAAACUCCUCUGCUGAGAGAUUUUGCUACCUGCUGGUCAGUGCUUCAACAUACACUUUUAUGAUGAUGUGGGAAUACAGUCAUUAUCUAUUGUUUAUCCAAGCGGUCUCUCUUUUCCUGAUUGAUGUCAUAGGGUUCACACAGACAGAGAAGGUGCAUGAAAUCUAUAAAAUCUACCUGUUUUCCCUUUUCCUGGGAUAUGUAUUACAAUUUGAAAAUCCAGCUUUAUUAGUAUCUCCAUUAUUAAGCCUUGCUGCCACGGCUUUGCUGGCAAAAUACCUUCAGAUGAAUAUGAAGAAGGGAACUCUUCUUUCAAGGAUGCUGAAAGUCAUCUAUUUUUAUUUGGUGUUCACGGUCACAGUGACUUUGAACCUUACAAUGAAGACUUUUAUUUCCCAUAAAGAAAAUGAGCAUUUACUUAAAGUCCUUGAAGUGAAAUUGGGAUUAAAUACGAAUAAGAACUUCACAGUUAAUUGGCUGCUUUGUCAAGAAUCACUUCAGGCACCAUCCCAAGACUUCUUCCUGCGGCUUACUCAUUCUUCGCUAUUGCCAUUCUACAUUUUGGUGCUAAUUAUUUGCCUUGCUUCUGUGGGUCAGGUUUCCUUUAGGAAAAUGAGCAAUAAACAAGUCAACGAGCCAACCACACAUGAGGGCGGGAUUGGUGAAAGACCAGAAGUAGCCUACCAUAUAUUGCACACAGUUUCCUUGGGAUUGCUUUCUAUGAUGAUGGAAGGAAUGAAAUAUAUGUGGACUCCGUAUGUUUGUAUGAUUGCGGCAUUUGGAGUCUGUUCUCCGGAGCUUUGGACGACUCUUUUCAAGUGGAUCCGACUGAAAACGGUGCAUCCUGUUCUGCUGGCUCUCAUUCUGAGUAUGGCUGUUCCAGCUAUUAUAGGAUUUAGUUUGUGGAAAGAGUUUUUUCCUAGGAUAAUGGCAGAACUCUCAGAGCUCCAAGAAUUUUAUGAUCCUGAUACAGUAGGACUCAUGACCUGGAUUAAAAGACAGGCUCCUAUUGCUGCCGUCUUUGCUGGAAGCCCACAGUUAAUGGGUGUAAUCAGGCUGUCCACUGGAUGGAUGGUGACAAAUCUACCCCUGUAUAAUGAUGAUGACCUACAAAAGAGAAAUGAAAAUAUUUUUCAGAUCUAUUCCAAAAGAUCAGCUGAGGAUAUCUACAAAAUACUCACAUCUUACAAAGCUACGUACCUGGUCAUAGAAGAUUCCAUUUGCAAUGAAGUUGGACCAGUGAGAGGAUGCAGGGUUAAAGACUUAUUAGAUAUUGCCAACGGUCAUGUUUAUUAUGAAGAAAAUGACAGCUCUGGCUACUCAAAAUAUGGGCGGUUUUGUCAGGAGAUCAAAAUGAACUAUUCUCCAUAUGUGAAUUACUUCACACGAGUAUACUGGAAUAGGUCUUACUUGGUAUAUAAAAUCAAUUCUAUAAUAUCUUUUCAAUCCUGAGAUAUUUGCAUCCUUUGAAGAUGGACUUGGCAUAAUUUUUAAAAAGGCUAAGGUUUCCAACAAACCUUUCUUCUAUUGCAUAUAAAUUGCAGAUGCACACAAAGGCACGUCACUGACAACAUGAAAACUGUGUAGUGUAUCCUGCAUGACUAUUACAGACUCACGAAAGAGAGAUAUGCCCAGAAGUAUAGAGGAUACAACUGUCUUCCAAGAAUUAAAAGGCAUCUUUCUAGCGUUUCACUUUUAACGUCAAUUUGGUUUCAGUUUCAUACCAAUUACUUUUUUAGCUAUGUUUAUUUAUGUUGGCAAAUACAAAAAAAGGAGGAAGAGAAUUUGCUGGACAUUAUUCUCCAGUUAUAUACAUAUAUCUGGGUUUGGGAGUGGGGUGGACCAAACCCAAAUAUAUGUAUAUAACUGGAGAAUAAUAUCCAGCACAUUCCGCUAUUUUCAUAGUUUGGGAAUUCCAAUAUAUCCCUGGAAUUUGUUACUAUGGGAAAAGUAGGGAGACAAAUGACUGAGAAUGAUAGACUGAGGAAUAAGGCUGUGCAGACUAAGCUGUUGGCUGAGAGCCACUCUCUAAUUGGGGCUGUCUUUUUUGUUAUUAUUUUUAGUAGAACAUUAUACUCCUAUGUUUGGUGAAAGGUUUGGUUUAGGUACCCAAUCAAUAAUAGUAUUCUAAAUAAGUUGAGUUAAAUAAAGAUUUCCUUUCAGUUCUGUAAAUCAUAUAUUUUAGGCACUCUUAUGUCCUAUCUAAAAAAGAUAAUGAACCAACAUAAAAUUCAGCCCUUUAAUAAGAAAAGGUUGAUGGCUCAUAUUCUAGAAGUUUAGCUUCAACUACUUGCUACUUUGUGGAUUAUUCUGUUCGUUGCUUAUGUUUUUGUGUAAUUAUUUGCAUUUAUCAUUUUGUCCUAUUCAUUAUCAGGACAAAUUAUUCAUUGUGGCUUAAUAAGAGUAUUCCACCCAUUUGCUCUCCUAUUCAUUGGUUUUAUAAUAUGCCCAGAUAAGUUUGGAUUUAUAAACCAAAAUAAAUUUUGUUUAUGAAUCCUGAUGUAUUUUAGUAGCUUCAGUUAAAUUUUAUUUAUUCCUGAUUUCUUCAUCCAUUUGAAUGGUGGAGCAAGCAAACCAUAUUUGCAUACUCAUUUUUGUUUUUUUAAUUAAAUUCUGAUUUCUGGCUUGAUAUCCAAAUGUGGCAAUUGUCUGGUUAAAAUAUUUCUGCAAAAUGAAGUCAAAAUGACACUGCUGGCCAAACUAAUAACGUAAAUGGGCUUACUUUCAUAAAGUAAAGUUCUUAUUGUAUUUUAGCAUAACUGUGAAUAAUUUUUGUACUUCACAGCUUUUUUAUUGUUAAACGUUCUUUUCUACCUUUUUUCUCUGAAUUUCUCCUGUUUUUGAUCUCAUGGUCUAGAAUUAAAAACAGUUAUUUAACUGUAUGCCCUGAAGAUGUUCCUAGAGUACUUGCUGAAAAAGUAUUUUAUUCCGAAAUUAUAUUUUUUCUGACUUUAAUAUUACACAAUACUUAAUGAAAUAGCCAGAGAGGAAAAAUGUGAAUAUUUUAUCAUGGUCUUGUUGUAUGGCAUUUUUAGGGAAGCUAAUCAAUGCUGCCUUUUAUUGUGCAAGUCAAAGCUCCUUGAACAUAAGUAUUUGAAAAUGUAGUUGUUUUAUUUUACAUUUAAUUGAGCAUGGAGAUAUCCUGCCAGGGAUAUCCAUACCAGAGACUGAAAAAGUCAAGAUGGUGCCCAUAUCCAUGUACUCAAAGGCUUGUCUUUUUUUUGUGUAUGUGCAUUUGUGCAUGUAAAAAAGGGUAGGCCUUUGGUCUCAUAGUUAGGAUACCAUCUUCAUGCUUUUGGCCCCUCCCUUCAGGGUGCCCUGCCUCCUGCCAUAAAGAAUCACUCCAAAUCAUCUGGAUAUGAGGGCAAACUAGCUGUGACAUCUCUGACCCCAUUGAUCGCCAGGGCUGCUUUGCCUCAUCUGACUGGCUAGGCAGUGUCCUCUUCCUCCUUCACCGUGCCAUGUGCAUCCCUCCCAAAUCUGUGGACUCCAGGGAAGAGGACAACUUUCUCAGAUAAGGGGUGUACCAGUCUUUGGUGUAAUCCAAAUCACUUCAUAGAACCUGUUGUAGUCUGGGUUUUGAGUAACAUUAUCUUAAAAGGGACAAAAAUCUGGAAUGCAUUGUAAUGUACUUUUCUUCAAAAUUACAGUCAUUUAUUUCUGUACAA